CAGUCGCUGUCCCCUAUGUUCGGGCUGUGGUUUGCGCCCCACUCUGAACAGCCGCCCCCUGUUUGCAGUGCGGGCCGUGGCUCCAGCAGGCCCAGCCCUGCCACUCGGCCACUCGGCGACCCCGGACGCUCUCCUGCCGCGGCUGCCCGCCACACUCCGCCGCCACCAGACGACGCGGCCGUCUCUCGCCUGCAGAGCCUCUCUCAACAGGAGAGAGGGAGGAGGCUGAUAGAGGCGGCCGAGCAGGGCGCGGUGGAGCAGCUGCGCGAGUUACUGGCGGCGGGGGCGGACGUGGGGGCGAGGGAGGAGGACGGGUUGGGGGACAGCUGGACCGCCCUGCACCUGGCAGCAGGCAGGGGUCACGUGGCGGCGGCCAGCUGCCUCGUCGGCGCCGGCGCGGAGGUCGACGCCAGGACCAGCGUGUAUCAGCGGACGCCCCUGCACUGGGCUGCAGGGAACGGCCACGCUGGUGUGGUGCGGCUGCUGGUCGGCGCCUCUGCUGACCCCAACGCCAGGGAUCGGUGGGGGCGGACGCCGCUGCACAGGGCGGCAGAGUGGGGCCACGCAGAAGCGGCGGCUGAGCUCCUCCUGGCGGGGGCGGACAGGGGGGCCCGGGAUGUGGAUGGCAGGACCCCCCUGGACGUCGCCAGGCAGAACAGAAAGCAGGAGCUGGUGGAUAUGCUGACACAACGCUGACAUACGGCAUUCAGGAAGCACAAGCAGUUACACCAUAUGCGUUGGUCUUUCAAAUAAAGAAUACAAAAAAUCAA